AUGUUUUCACCGCCCGCAUUUUCCCAAGAUCAACUCAACAGUAUCAUGGCGCCCCGAGGAGUGAAAGGCAAGCCCAAGCCCAAGGCCCAUCAAGAUUCAGGGAGGGUCCUGAAGCGAAAGCGUGGCGAAGAGCAAAUCUCAGACCUCGUGAAGCAGGUCGAAGAACUCGAUAUCAAAGCCUCACUCAAAAACUUCUCCGAUCUCCCACUCUCCGAGCCCACGGCCUCUGGACUUUCUGCCUCCCACUACAAGACGCUCACCGAUAUCCAGGCGCGUGCCAUUAGCCAUGGUCUCAAGGGGCGCGACAUCCUCGGUGCAGCUAAGACGGGUAGUGGAAAGACUCUCGCCUUCCUUGUCCCCGUCAUCGAAAACCUCUACCGCAAGAAAUGGACCGAACUCGACGGCCUCGGCGCGCUCAUUCUGUCGCCUACUCGCGAACUCGCAAUCCAGAUUUUCGAACAAUUGAGGAAGGUUGGAAGAAACCACCACUUUUCCGCGGGUCUGAUCAUCGGCGGAAAGAGUCUGCGGGAGGAACAAGACCGUAUGGGUCGCAUGAACAUCUUGGUCUGCACGCCUGGACGUAUGUUGCAACAUUUGGACCAGACGGCCAUGUUUGAAACGAAUAAUCUGCAGAUGCUGGUUUUGGACGAAGCCGACAGAAUUUUGGACAUGGGUUUCCAGAAAACCGUGGAUGCCAUUAUCGACCAUCUGCCCAAGGAGCGCCAGACCAUGCUAUUCAGUGCCACACAGACCAAGAAGGUCGGUGACCUGGCUAGACUGAGUUUGCAAGACCCCGAGUAUGUCUCGGUUCACGAAUCCGCCGCCGCAGCUACCCCCUCCACCCUUCAACAACACUACACUGUUAUCCCAUUGCCCCAAAAGCUCGAUACCCUCUGGAGUUUCAUUCGCGCCAACCUCAAAGCCAAAACUAUUGUAUUUUUAUCGUCGGGCAAGCAAGUCCGUUACUGCUACGAAGCCCUGCGUCAUCUACAGCCCGGUAUCUCUCUCUUGCAUUUGCAUGGGCGUCAAAAGCAGGGCGGUCGCCUUGACGUUACCACAAAAUUCUCCCAGGCUCAGCACGCAGUCCUCUUUGCCACCGAUGUGGUUGCGCGUGGUCUGGACUUCCCCGCCGUCGACUGGGUCAUUCAAAUGGACUGCCCCGAAGACGCUGACACAUACAUUCACCGUGUCGGGCGAACGGCCCGAUAUGAGCGUGUUGGACGAGCGGUGCUUUUCCUAGACCCCAGUGAGGAGAAGGGAUUCCUCGGCCAGCUCGAGCAGAAGAAGGUUCCCAUCGUGAGAAUCAACAUCAAAGCGAACAAACAGCACAGCGUCAAGAACCAGCUACAAAACAUGUGUUUCAAGGACCCUGAGCUCAAAUAUCUGGGUCAAAAGGCGUUCAUCUCCUACGUCAAAUCAGUCUAUGUUCAAAAGGACAAGGAGACUUUCAAGAUCAAGGAGCUUCCCUUAGAGGAGUACGCGCAGAGUCUCGGUCUUCCUGGAGCCCCGCGUAUCAAGUUCAUCAAGGGUGACGACGCAAAGGAGCGGAAGAACGAGUCAUGGAGAAUGGCACACAUGUCCAGUGAUGAUGAUUCGGAUGGAGAGAAGAAAGACAAGAAGGACGACAAGGAGGUGCGCACACGCUACGACCGUAUGUUCGAGCGUCGCAAUCAGGGUGUAUUGGCAGAGCACUACUCUAAGCUUAUCAACGACGAUGGCACGAUGAUCGAAAAUGGCACCAAGGAUGCCAGCAAAGAUGUCGACGACGAAGCUGACGAGGAUGCCGACUUCCUCUCGGUCAAGCGCCGCUUUGCUGCAGGUGACGAGAAUCUGGGUAACUCAUCUGGAUCCGACUCUGAUUCCGAUUCCGACUCCGACGCGAAGGAUACCACCGGUGUCAAGAAGGUUCACAUUGAAGGCCAAGAUCCCCUCAUUAUCGAUUCCAAGAGACGCGAGAAGCUUCUCAAGUCCAAGAAGAAGCUCCUCAAGUUCAAGGGCAAGGGUACGAAGCUCGUCUACGACGACGAAGGCAACGCGCACGAAGUCUACGAAAUGGAAUCCGAAGAUGCCUUCAAAGCCAAGGGCGACGCCAACACUCAGCGCGAGAAGUUCCUCGAGGGGGAGACCGAGCGUACCCGCCAAGCCGAUAUCGAGGACAAGGAAGUCAUGCGCGAGAAGCGCCGCGAAAAGAAGGAGAAGCGCAAGGCGCGCGAACGUGCCGAGAUCGCGGCCGAGGCGGAGGAGGAAGGCGAUUUCCAGGGUCUCUCACAUCUCCCUCACGUGCCCUUCGAGAUCCCCAGCUCCGACUCGGAGUCCGAGCCCGAGCCUCGCCCCAGCAAGAAGCAGCGUGUCUCGGGCGACGAGAAGCCCUCCAAGGCCCCCAAGUCCAUCGAGACUCUGGGCGAUCUGGAGGCUUUGGCCAGCGGUUUGCUGGGCUAG